AGCUGGAGCGGCGGGGCGGCGGCGGACUCCGGCGGCCGAGAUAGCGAGGGAGCGAGCGAACGAGCAGCGACCCGGGGUCUAGGAUCGAGAGAGAGAAGGAGGGGAACGCUCGGGCGCGAGCGAGAGAAACCGCGAGCGCCGGACUUGCGCUCGAGCCCCGGAACGGCAGCGGAGCCCGUCCGCUCCCCUCCCCUCCCCCUCCCCGGGACCGGGCCCAGCGCGCCAUCCUCCCCCUCCCUCCUUCCCUCCCUCCCUCCUUCCUCCCUUCCCUCUCCCUCCCCCCUCCCCUGCCGGUGGAUGGGAGUGAAGGACGGAAGAGGCCCUGCGGAGGCGGCGGUGCAGCGCUCCGGUGGAAUGAACCUUACUUGUUGAAUAUCUCCUGGUUACUGGUUGGAUUCACUUGUAAAAGGAUCAUUUUCCCCUGUGUGGAAGCCACUUCGUGGCAUAUUUAAUUAUAAAUCCAGGGAUUACAAAGCUUUUUGAUUUCCCAAAGGAGGGAGAUACCACUAUAUCAAAUAAGCUUGACAUUACAGCCAAAAUGGUGCUCUCCCAGAGACAACGAGAUGAACUUCGAAAGCUCCACUGAGACGCGUCCAUCCUGACUCUGCUGGUAUUUGAAACACCAGUGACAUAGCUUCCAGCAUCACAGCAACAUGCAAGCCGCCACAGUAUGACAGGAAAUCGAGCUAUAGCAGAUUAUCUUCGUUCAAAUGGCUAUGAAGAGGCAUAUUCUGUUUUUAAAAAGGAAGCUGAAUUAGAUAUGAAUGAAGAAUUAGAUAAGAAAUAUGCUGGUCUUUUGGAAAAAAAAUGGACAUCUGUUAUUAGAUUACAAAAAAAGGUUAUGGAGUUAGAAUCAAAGUUAAAUGAAGCAAAAGAAGAAUUUACGUCGGGUGGACCUCUUGGUCAGAAACGAGACCCAAAAGAAUGGAUUCCCCGUCCACCAGAAAAAUAUGCCUUGAGUGGUCAUAGGAGUCCAGUCACUCGAGUCAUUUUCCAUCCUGUGUUCAGUGUUAUGGUCUCUGCUUCAGAGGACGCUACAAUUAAGGUGUGGGAUUAUGAGACUGGAGAUUUUGAACGAACUCUUAAGGGCCAUACAGACUCUGUACAGGAUAUUUCAUUUGACCACAGUGGCAAGCUUCUGGCUUCCUGUUCUGCAGAUAUGACCAUUAAACUAUGGGAUUUUCAGGGUUUUGAAUGCAUCAGAACCAUGCACGGCCAUGACCACAAUGUUUCUUCAGUAGCCAUCAUGCCCAAUGGAGAUCAUAUAGUGUCUGCCUCAAGGGAUAAAACUAUAAAGAUGUGGGAAGUGCAAACUGGCUACUGUGUGAAGACAUUCACAGGACACAGAGAAUGGGUACGGAUGGUGCGGCCAAAUCAGGAUGGCACCCUGAUAGCCAGCUGUUCCAAUGACCAGACGGUGCGCGUGUGGGUGGUAGCAACAAAGGAGUGCAAGGCCGAGCUCCGAGAACACGAGCAUGUGGUAGAAUGCAUUUCCUGGGCUCCAGAAAGCUCAUAUUCUUCCAUCUCUGAAGCCACAGGAUCUGAGACUAAGAAAAGUGGCAAGCCUGGGCCGUUCUUGCUGUCUGGAUCCAGAGACAAGACCAUUAAGAUGUGGGAUGUCAGUACUGGCAUGUGCCUUAUGACCCUUGUGGGUCAUGAUAACUGGGUACGUGGAGUUCUGUUCCAUUCUGGGGGGAAGUUUAUAUUGAGUUGUGCUGAUGACAAGACCCUACGUGUAUGGGAUUUCAAGAACAAGCGAUGCAUGAAGACCCUCAAUGCGCACGAACACUUUGUUACCUCUUUGGAUUUCCAUAAGACGGCACCGUAUGUGGUGACUGGCAGUGUAGAUCAGACAGUAAAGGUGUGGGAGUGCCGUUGAUUGAUUCUCAUUUGGCCCCUCCUCCCUUUCUUCCUCUGGAUGCACUCUGAUGAUACCAUGGUUACCCCAUUGAGCUCUGUUUAAAUAAAUAUUGUCCCUUCAUGUAAAUUA